AGGAUCUCAAGAGGUCGCAGAGGAGUGUGGGACGGUGGCGGACUGUGUUAAUGUCUGCCUACUCAUUAAUAAGGUGCGUGUCCCCUGUGUCCGCUUCGGUCGCCCAUUUAGGAAUGUGCCCUAUGGCACUGGAGUUUGAGUAAAUCGCGAGGAAGGCGCGUUCGGAGCGAAUUCGCUAUUUUCGGCGCUCGCGCUGUCAUUUUCACCCGUCAGUUGCCAAACGUCGGAGCCUGAGCCGUAUUUGUCGCUGCAUUGAUAGCUAGUCAGCUAGUUAGCAGGAGAACUAGCUCAUUCGGUGGCUAGCCAGCUCGCACUCUGAGCUUUCAUUACCUAGCACUCAAUAAAUUCAAUUUAUUUAACCGGACCGUCAUCUGUGCGUAUUCUGGUGUAUUAGCCAACUACUUGAUCAGCAAAAAGGGUGAGCCGAGGGGGGCAGGGAGAGAACGACGGAGGCGCGGUGAGCCAGGAGCGGCCGAUGAGUUCAGACCAGGGCGGAGAGCCGCAGCUGCAGGAGGAGGCUGAGCCGGGACCCAAAACCCGAGGGGAGGACGAGAUCACACCCGGGACCGGAGGAGACUCAGGCGUCAUGGUCACUGCUAAAGGAGCUGGUCUGAACCCUAAUGCCAAGGUGUGGCAGGAGAUUCCUGCAACACAACAUGAAGCUCCUGUGGAUGGCACUGUGGCCUCCCCCUGGUCCCAGAACAAUACGACUGAAGAUACCUCUGUAGGUAAACAGUACAUGCCUGGCUUCUCUGCUCUCGAGGACAACAGCACCUCUAGUACUGUAGUUGGUGUGGUGAACGGGAUGGACCCCCCUGACCAAAGCUUCCCGGUUUGUGAGCGCACUACAGCAACUAAUGCAGUGGAGUCCAAGCUCCCUGAGGAACAGCCCGUCUCUGAAGAGACUUUGCGUGAGUCUCUCAAAAAAGAAUUGGAGUUCUGUUUCUCCAGGGAGAACUUAUCUAAGGAUCUUUACCUAAUAUCUCAAAUGGACAGUGACCAGUUUGUCCCCAUUUGGACUAUUGCCAGCAUGGAAGGAAUCAAGGUCCUCACAACUGACAUGGACCUCAUCUUGGAUGUCCUGAGAUCAUCUCCUAUGGUCCAAGUCGAUGAAAAAGGGGAAAAAGUGCGGCCAAAUCACAAGCGUUGCAUCAUCAUUUUGCGAGAAGUUCCCGAAACAACACCUGUUGAGGAAGUGGAAGCCUUGUUUAAGAAUGACAACUGUCCCAAGGUAAUAAGUGUGGAGUUUGCGCACAACAACAACUGGUACAUUACAUUCCAAUCAGAUACAGACGCUCAACAGGCAUACAGAUAUUUAAGGGAAGAAGUGAAGACUUUUCAGGGAAAACCAAUCAUGGCCAGAAUAAAAGCCAUCAACACGUUCUUUGCGAAGAAUGGUUAUCGAAACCUGGACUGCAGUGUGUAUCCUCAGCAAUCUCACACUCAGUCGCAGUACAGCUCCCCUCUCUUCAUGCAGCCUGUUUACAGCCCCCAGCAGCAGUACCCACUCUACGGCAUAGUACCUCCUACCUGGACGCCAUCUCCUACUCCAUACUUCGAGACUCCCCUGGCUCCUUUUCCCAACAGUGGUUUUGUUAAUGGAUUUAGCUCACCUGGACACUACAAAACUGGCUCAAAUUCUCUAAACCUCAGCCGUCCCUUCAACAGGAACCGUGUUCCACUCUAUUCAAGAAAGAAUGUAAUAAAUGCCUUCAGGAACCAUGUGAAGCCUCAGACGAGGGCUAAUGAUGGACUCUCUUCCACUGUGUCCCCGGUGGCUCUUGUGGAUGGACUCUCUGGUCUGCACAGUCCCCAGCCUCCCUCCAGCGGCGGGCCGGUGCUGUCAUCCACCGAGAUCAACACAUCUUUUUCACACCUAUCUUCCAACGAUCCAACUGAUGAUGGCAUCAUGGCGGGACGUGGGAGGAGAACAACGUACAGAGGCACUCGAAGGCGGCGAGAGGAUGAUCGCACAACAAGACCAGUUCCCCUGUCUCAAGUGAAAGUACCGCCCCCCAAAUUUGACCUGGCCGCCUCCAACUUCCCUCCGCUGCCUGGCUGCUCUGUAAGUCCACAGGGGGAGCCUGUGCUGGAGAACCGCCUCUCUGAUGUUGUACGGGGCCUGAAUAGGGAAAAGCAGCAGGAUUCAAGCAAAGAGUCCGUUGUGAGUCCCACAAGCCCAGCCACAGAGGAGACUAUCUCCAGGCCCUCCCAGCCUGUAGCCAAGAUGACUGCUCACGUUCCUGAACCCAUGACCUCCAUCUCCAACCACCUGGAGAAGAAACCUGAGAACGUGGAGUCCCCGGUCUAUAAAGAGACGCCUGUGACCUCUACUCCUGUCUUAGCCGUGCUGCCCACCCCUGCCCCAACAGCACCUGGUCCGAAGCUUCAGCCUAGCUUGGCCACGACUGCAGCCCCUCAAUCUAACACUGCCCCCUCCAGCACCCCGGCGCUGGAACCUCGCAAGCUCAGUUACGCUGAAGUAUGUCAGCGGCCACCUAAGGAUCCCCCUCCUCCAGCAUCCACUUCCUGCCCUAACAAUGCAAGUGCACAGCCUUUGAGAGAGCUGCGUGUCAACAAGGGGGAUGAGCAGCCCUCCAGCCCUGCAAGCAAACCUGAUCGGCCUCAGGAAACGGUGGGCAACUGCAAGGCCAGGGAGGGCCGGCCGGCCCGUGACUCCCAGAGCUUUUCUCGCAGCAACGGACCCCCCAGAACCAGUACAGGGGGAUUCAAGCUACGAGAGCAGCAGAGACGCCCCCCUUUCGGCCAUCGCGGUUCACCCCAGGGAGGUUCCAGACACACUGGAAAAGAGCAGAACAUCCCCCCCAUAUCGCCAAAGUAAAGACUCUGAACAGAAAUCCUUAAUGUAUGAAUAUUUACACACACACACGUACAUACACAUGCACACACAUACACACAUGUGUGUGUAUGUGUAUGUGUGUAUAUAUA